CUCCGCCAUAGCAGCGUCACUGGUCCUGCACAACUCACUACAACACACUUACCCGAAUAACUUUUCAAGCAGCCCAGACUUUUAUUUUAUUUUUUUUUAAACAAAUAACUAUUCACAAAACGCAUUUAAACUGCGCCAGCGAACUCUUAAAUGCGCGUGACAAGAUGCUGAACGCUUCUUCAAACGGGGAGUCGUCUCAUGUUGUCGUGAACUAUGUUGAGGAGUAUCUGGAGCUGGUCGAGUCUCUGCCGCUGGACCUACAGAGAUGCGUGUCUCUCAUGAAGGAAAUUGACGCCAGAUAUCAAGAGAUCCUCAAUGAAUUAGACGAGGCUUAUGAAAAGCACAGACAAGAAUCAGAUCCCGCGCAGAGGCGGCGUCUGCUUCACUGCAUCCAGCGCUCCUUGAUUCGCACCGAAGAACUCGGAGAUGAAAAAAUCCAGAUCGCAGGCCAAAUGGUGGAAAUGGUGGAGAACCGCAGCCGGCAGCUAGAGUGGCAGAGUGAGCUUUUCCAGGCCUGCCACGACUCGCCGGAGAGCACCGUGUCGGUGGGCAGCACCCCCGGCGCCAUAACGACCGUAACCACGACACCGGUCUCGGCUUCGAUGCUCUCGGUCAGCAAGCCGAGUGCGGAUCGGAGACGGGACGAGACCCCGACUUCCGUAGACAAAUCUGGCGGAAAGCGUUCGCGAAGGCAGAAGAACGGUUCGGAGAACCGGGAAAACUCCAAUUACGGCGUGGAGCACAACGAGGAGGUUGGUUCAGGCGCGUCGAAAGAAAAGAAGGCCAAGACCUCGUCGACGUCGUCGAAGAAAAAGAAGAGGUCCAAAAGCAAGCAGGACAGGGAGCCGUCCCCGACAGACCUGCCCAUCGAUCCCAAUGAACCCACUUAUUGCCUGUGUGAGCAAGUGUCUUACGGAGAGAUGAUAGGCUGCGAUAAUGAUGAAUGCACCAUCGAGUGGUUUCACUUCUCGUGUGUCGGCCUGCACCACAAGCCCAAAGGAAAAUGGUACUGUCCGAAGUGCAGAGGAGACAACGAGAAGACAAUGGACAAAGCGUUGGAGAGGUCUAAGAAAGAGCGAGCGUACAACAGGUAGUGUCAGCUGUAGCCGUCGCCAUUUUUCUAUUCAGGAGUUUAGAGAGAGCGUGGGCCUGCGAUGUUGUUACACACUAGAGUUGGUCCUUUGUUGGUAGUUCUAUCUUUUAGAGAUAUGUUCGAUAGGGUUCACUUAUCAACUACUUCUGUACUCAGCUGUUCUGCAACAUUGGACGCAUUCUGUUCAUCCAACUACAAAAUGCAUUUGUACCAUUUUCAACUAUCAGUUUUGUAUUUAUGCCUUGCAUAACUGUACAUAUGUUCAUGUAAAAUAAAUCAUGCUUAAUGCCGUCGU